GAUUGUAAAAUUGAAUUUUUGAUUGUAAUUUUGUUUUUCAAAAUUUAAAAAAAAAAUGUCGCAAAAUAUUUAUACGAUCGAAAGAAUGCCAUCAGCUGAAGAUGAUGAUAUAUUUCGUAUAUAUCAUUCACGUAAUGAACUUAUAACCAAUGAAGAAAUAUUAUCAUCAUCAGAUAAUAAUAAUAAUAAUAAUUUAGAUGAUUCACGUAAUCUACGACGACGAUUAGCUAUAAAUUCUGAACAAUUUCAACGUAAAUUUAAUCGUCGUCAACGUUUACGUCUUGCAUUAUUACAUUAUUUUCGUUCGGAUAGUAUUGCACGUUUUAUAUUCAUAUUAAUAUGUAUUGUUUGGUUUUGGAUUAAUUUUAUAACAGUAUUUUCGGAUUUUUUAACAUUCGAUACAAUUGUUUAUAUGGAAUAUCGUACACCGAAACAUACACGACCACCAGGUAUAACAUUCUGUACACAUUGUAUUUAUUGUCGAUAUAGCAAUAAUCAAUCGAAAAAGAAUAAAAUGCUUGUAUAUAAAGCAAUCGAAAAUAAUAUCGAUGAUGAUUAUAUUUUGGAUUAUGAUUAUGAAAAUGAUGAUAAAGAUGAUAAAAAUGAUAAAGAUGAUGAAGCACUUUCAUUAAAUUUAACAGAUUUUAUAAAUUAUUGUCGAUUCUAUCCGAAUGCAUUAGAUUUGAAUGAAAAAACCAAAUCAAAAUUUUUUAAUUGUUCAGAUUUGGCACCUGUAGUUGUUAGUAUGCAAGAAGGACAUAAAUGUUUUACAUUUUUCAGUGAUAUAUUUGGUGAUAUUUCACGUUUAUAUAAUGAUAAUUAUGGACAGGAUAAUACAAAAGAAAAUCUUCCAAUUAUGAUGGAUUUUGAUCAAUUUCCAUUUUUAGAAAUAAAUAUAAAAGGUAAAUAUCUUCAAUCGGUAGCUAAUGGUCAAGAUCAAUGGCAUUCAAAUUCAUUAUUUGAUAAUUCGGAAAUUGGUGAAACAAUUGGUAUUUUUAUUGUAUUACAUUCACCAACAAUAUUAGCCGAUAUGUUAAGCCUUUCAUAUCAUCGUAUAUUUCCACGUAAAUAUACACAGAUUCAAUUUAUAAAAAUGACUGAAAAACGUAAACCACGACCAUAUCGUACAAAAUGUUUUGAUUAUAAUCGUUUAGUGAAUAUAACACCGGAUGAUCAACAACAAAAAGUAUUUCGUGAACAUGGCCAAAUUGAACAAAAAGAUUUGAAAUUAUUUCGUUCACGUGGUGAAUGUUUUCUUUAUUGUAUGUGGCGAUAUUUAGGCCAUAAUGAACAAUGUUUAAAUUUCUAUACAAUAUUUACUGGCCAUUUAUUUUCAAUGGAAACACAAUGUCGUACAUUUGAUUUGUUACAACGAGAUAUGAAUGAAAUCAAUGAACAAUGGAAAAAUCGUUGGAAAAUUAUGGAUAAUAUUACCGAUGCAUUGAUAAGAUAUACUCAUAUUAAAUUCUGUAGUAUUAAUGAUAGCUUUCAACAAUAUGGUCAAAUUAAACGUAAAUGUUUGGAAAAUUGUCCAACAGAAUGUUUUUCAGAAACAUUUUGGAUCGAUACAAGCUAUAAUCUAGAUAUGAAUUUAUAUAAAAAUGAUUCAUUAAUACGAAUUGAAUGGUCUACCGAACCUGUUGCUUAUAUUGAACAUCGUGAAAAAUUUACCACUUCAUCAUUUUUAGGUAAUAUUGGUGGACAUGCACAUAUUUGGCUUGGUAUUUCAAUUAUUGCUAUUUGUAGAUUUAUAAUUGAAUCAAUACAAUCAAGAUCAUCAUUUCAUAUUCGUUGUUCACGUAAUCAUUUAUGGUUUAUACGAUUUAUGCGUGGUUUUCAUUCAAAUUCAAAUAAUUUAACUAUUAAUAAUGAUAAU